AUGAUUAAGAUGCUGAGAGCUGUGCCAGGCCCCUGCUCCGAUUGGUGCGUGGAUACACUGCCCCGACGUGACUGGUUCCAGCUGGAGGACCCGCCCAUUAAAAGGAGGCUGGAGUGCUACAGCGGUGGAGGUCCUCGCGUUUCCCCUCACGGCCCAGCAGUAUUUCUGUGGCAGCCGCUGGCUGCAGUGCACUUAAAAGUUGUGGAAGUGGAGUGGAAUUGCUGUGCGUUGCUGACCUACAGCAGACAAGAGCUUCUGGACAUCUGGACUCACAACUCCAACAGUUUUAUCGCCGAUCUCCGACUCAUCCCAGAGAUCUCCAGAACACCGGAGGCUGCCCACUCUCCCCGGCUGGGCGGAAGUGCACGCAGACGGCGCCGAGAUCGUAAACAAAGGCGAGGUGCUGUCACUGUGUUACUGUUCACUGUGUACCACAGUCACACAGCAGCUGCCAGGCUGAAGGAACAUCUGGCUGAUUGUCUGGAGGACAAAGACUAUAAUGAACUGCUGCUGACAGCAAAGGCUGGUCUUCCACACAUAAAUACAUCUCAUCAUGUUGUUAUUGUUGGAGCUGGAAUGGCUGGGUUGACAGCUGCCAAGUUACUGCAAGAUGCAGGACACAAGGUAACUAUUGUAGAAGCAAGUGGUCGCGUUGGUGGACGGGUUGAAACCUACAGAAAUGAAAAAGAUGGGUGGUAUGCUGAACUGGGGGCCAUGAGGAUCCCAAGUUUUCACCGAAUUGUGCAAUGGUUUGCUGAUGACCUAGGGGUCAAAUUGAAUGAAUUCAUCAUGGAUAACCCUAAUACCUUUUACCAUGUUAAUGGAAAGCGGAAAAGAACAUUUGCAGCACAAGCAAAUCCUGAUGUUCUUGGGUACAAUGUGUGGCCAAGUGAGAAAGGGAAGUCAGCAGAUGAACUCCUUCAGCAAGCUUUACAGAAGGUAAAGGAUGAGGUGGAGGCUCAUGGCUGCUGGGCUGCACUGAAAAAAUAUGACCAUUAUUCCGUGAAGGAGUACCUGAAAGAAGAAGGAGAUCUGAGCCCCGAAGCGUUGAGAAUGAUUGGAGAGCUGCUCAACGAACAGAGUCUUAUGUACACUGCACUUAGUGAGAUGAUCUAUGACCAAACUGACAUCAGUGACAGCACCAAGUACUUUGAAGUUGUUGGUGGGUCUGAUCUUCUCCCCAAAGCUUUCCUUACUGUCCUUGAUAUCCCUAUUCUCCUGAACUCUAGAGUCAAGCGUAUCAGUCACUCACACAAAGGAGUCAUUGUAUCAUACCAAACCGGACAACAGUCCUCUCUUACUGAUCUUCAGGCUGAUGUUGUCCUAGUAACAACCACAACAAAAGCAGCUCUAUUUAUGGAUUUCAUCCCACCUCUGUCCCCCAAAAAGAUGGAGGCACUGAGGGCUGUCCAUUAUGACAGCUCCACUAAAAUCCUCCUCACCUUUAACAACAAGUUCUGGGAGAACGACGGUAUCCGAGGAGGAAAGAGCAUCACAGACGGGCCUACUCGUUUUAUCUACUAUCCAGGCCACAGUUUCCAAAAAAAUAAGACCAUCGGUGUCCUCCUGGCUUCCUACACCUGGGGUGAUGAUUCACUACUCUUCCUAGGUGCAAGUGAUGAAGCCCUCAAAGAGCUGGCUCUGAGCGAUUUGGCAAAGAUUCAUGGUGAGCAGGUCUGGGAUUUCUGCACUGGGGUGGUGGUGAAAAAGUGGAGCAUGGAUCCUUACAGCCUUGGUGCCUUCGCUCUGUUCACACCCUACCAACACUUAGAGUAUGCUAAGGAGCUCUUUAAAAGUGAAGGCAGUGUCCACUUUGCUGGUGAACACACAGCCUUCCCUCAUGCUUGGAUUGAGACGUCCAUGAAAUCUGCAGUAAGGGCAGCUAAAAACAUUAACAGAGCUGUGCUGCUGAAUUCAGAGUCAGCUAAAUGUCGAAAAAGAGAUGAACUCUAGGGUCUGACAUAUUUAGUCUUCAACAAUCUUCAAAAGAAGGAUCCUUAAACCACUUAUCUACUUAUUACAAACCAAUCUUUUCCAUGAAUUAGCUAAGUAACAAUACUAAAUAUUAUUGUUUCAGAGUUUACAGCUUUUUAUCCUUUUGUUAAUUGAUCUCUUUUUUGUGCUGUACUACUCACUUUUCAUAUAAAAGGCCUUG